AUGAAUGAUGAAUCUAGUAAGGUUGAUGAUACUGAAGUUAUCGGUUUUCUGCUGCAAACUGAAAUAAUUCCUCUGUGCUUGCGUACCAUGGAGAUGGGCAGUGAGCUGUCAAAAACCGUCGCUACCUUCAUUGUCCAAAAGAUUCUGCUGGAUGAUAUUGGACUGCGUUACGUCUGUGCUACCGCUGAGCGUUUCUACGCUGUCGGCAGCGUUUUAGGAAACAUGGUAAUAUCGCUUGCUGAUCAGCCUUCCACAAGGUUGCUCAAGCACAUUAUCCGAUGCUACCUCAGGCUGUCAGAUAAUCCCAGGGCCUGUGUUGCACUGCACAAUUGCCUCCCAGACAUGCUGAAAGACGGGACAUUCAAUAUCUCUCUUAGGGAUGACCCUGCGACAAGGCGCUGGCUCCAACAACUGCUGCAUAAUGUGACAGUGGGUGGCAUGGGAGGACCUGGCAUGGGAGGUCCUCCCCAGCCAGGUCUGGAUCACAUGAUGGGGAUAUAAUCCAGUUUAGGUGCUGUAGUGUACAACAAUAAUACAUUCUCUUGUGAAUUGCAAGCAGGGGAAGAUAUCUUCCCUCGGGUGUCUAGAAGAAGGUUGUAUCGUGUAGUCUCAACCUUCCAAGAAAAGGAAAUGUUGUGUUGUGCUGUGUCGUAGCAUCUUUAGCAGCUAAGCUGGUUUGCUUAUCGUGUAAUACUGUGAACACAUGCAAAGCAAGUUGCUACUUUCAUCUGGUCUUGCACCAGGACUGA